AUGGAGACGCAAGCCAUCAUCACCACGACCUACCCCUCACGCCCCCUUCAACCCACGCCCUCUUCAACCCACGCCCCCUUCAACCCACGCCCCCUUCAACCCACGCCCCCUUCAACCCACACCCCCUUCAACCCACACCCCCUUCAACCCACGCCCCCUUCAACCCACGCCCCCUUCAACCCACGCCCCCUUCAACCCACGCCCCCUUCAACCCACGCCCCCUUCAACCCACGCCCCCUUCAACCCACGCCCCCUUCAACCCACGCCCCCUUCAACCCACGCCCCCUUCAACCCACGCCCCCUUCAACCCACGCCCCCUUCAACCCACACCCCCUUCAACCCACGCCCCCUUCAACCCACACCCCCUUCAACCCACACCCCCUUCAACCCACGCCCCCUCCACCUCUCCACUACCACCUUGGAUAA